ACCAGCGGAGUGGUGGUGGAGGACGGGAAGGGCGGCUAAUUUGACGCUGAUUCGACGAGCCAUGAAGGCCAAAUAAAGGCCUUGGCAGCGACACAAGGGUGUCGAGGCGCCUCGUCUGCUCAAACUCCUGUACAGUGCUGAAGUCAUCAAUACAUGGUAGGGCUGAGCACCUCCAGGACCUGCAGAUGGCAGCGCACACACACCCACCCGUUGACUUGCUGUGCUGCACAGUCAGCGGCCCGUUCCCGAAGCAGAAGACGCAUUGAGGCCAGAGAGAACGUGAGAAAGAGCAUGAGAAGAGCGUGCCAAGACGCGCAAUCGAAGUCGCAAUGCGGCCUGCUGGUAGCCCAUGAGACGCUCAGGAUAGGCGCGGGCGACCUCGAGUGGACCGGUGAGUGUUGGUGUUUCGAAACAGAUCGCGACCGCAUCGCGACCAAGAUCGCUCAACCGACAAGGCGUGACAGCACGUGCUGGGCCCCCAAGGCUCUCUCUGAAGCGCCCAUGAACCACUGCCCUGCUCUCUGUUGCGGAUCGUUGCUGUGCCUCCAACAGAAGGCUCGCUAUCGAGUCUUGAUUGCCUCGCCCAUACGUCGCAAUGGUGUCGACUGCAGCCAAGACAUGUACAAGCAGGACGAACGCUAUUACAGGCACAGUGUUCACGCAGGCGAUGCUCGCGCUACGGUAUUCUAAGACUGCAAGCAUAGCCGCCCCAAAGAUAACAAGUGGGUUGUCGCACAGAACGGCCGUUCGUCUACUUGCUACAGCGAGCCGUCCCGCAUAGCCCCAUUCGCAGCCCCAACCUCGGCCUCCGAAUCGAUAAACCCAGCAUCAAGACCAAAUCAUCGCCUGAUACAUACACACGAGUCUACAACUUCCAGCCCUUGGUGCGAUCGCGGAA